AUGUCUCCUGCCAACGACACAGCAGAAGUUGAAAAAACUCCCAGUCACAGAUCUCGUAACCACUCUACAGAUACACUACGUACUCGGAGGUCUAACAGGUCCUCUUCUCGUGACCGAGGAAAAAGAGACCGUCACCGGCACGAGCGUAGAAGAAGUCGGAGUAGAGACCGGUAUCAUGGCAGGGACAGAACACCUGAAAGAUACCGGGACAGAGACAGAGACAGAGACAGAGAGCGAAGGAGAGAUCACGACUCUGAACGUCACAGGGAGCGGCGCCGCGACAGAGCGGAAAGUCGACACAGUCACCGUGACUUUGACCGAGAACGAGAAGAUAGGGACAGAGAUAAAAGAAGAAAACGUGACGAUAUGGAUGAUGCGGAAGAGGAGCGCGCAAAAAGGAAGAAAAUUGACGGCAGUGAACCGCAGGACGGAGAUGUCCCUAUGCGCUCUCCUUCUCCUCUCAGAGAUAGUCCUCGAAGUAGGCAUUCUGAACGUAGAAGGCGAUCACGACAGGGAGAUGAACUGAAUGACCAUCACAAAGACAGAGACCAUCCCGAUGACAGGAGGCCACACAAAAUGCGGCAUUCACCCAGUCCACCUCCUAGAAAACGACCUUCACCUAACUAUGAACCCCCCGCAGAAGAACCAUACAAUCCCGAUGAGCCCAAAGAAGAUGAUUCUGAAGCUCGAUCAGUUUUUGUAUCCCAACUAGCAGCACGUAUGACUGCCAGGGACUUAGGUUAUUUCUUCGAAGACAAACUUGGCGAAGGUACAGUUAUGGAUUCUAGGAUUGUGACGGACAGGAUAUCUCGCCGCUCAAAAGGUAUCGGAUAUGUGGAAUUCCGAACCAUUGAUCUCGUAGAAAAGGCCAUGGCACUUACUGGCACGGUCGUAAUGGGUCUCCCAAUCAUGGUACAGUUGACUGAGUCGGAAAGGAACCGUUUGCAUCCGGGUGACGGGAACCUCAAUCUUCCUCCUGGAGUCAGCGCUCCUCAUGGCGCAAUGCUCUAUGUGGGGUCGUUACACUUCAACCUUACUGAAAGCGACAUCAAACAAGUGUUUGAACCUUUUGGCCCUCUCGAAUUUGUAGAUCUUCACAGGGACCCCAUGACCGGACGAAGCAAAGGGUACGCUUUCGUACAGUACAAGAGAGCAGAACAUGCCAAGAUGGCUUUGGAACAAAUGGAAGGUUUCGAACUUGCUGGUCGCACAUUACGUGUUAACACCGUUCACGAGAAAGGGACUGCUCGAUACACUCAACAAGACUCUUUGGAAGAAUCAGGCGGUGGUAAUCUCAACGCAGCUUCACGCCAAGCACUGAUGCAAAAGCUUGCUAGAAUCGAGACACCUCCCUCUCUACCCGAACCAGUUAAGCCCAAUAUCCCUACACAGGCUAUGCAGUCCCGUUCUGUAUUGUUGAAGAAUAUGUUUGACCCUGAAGAGGAAACCGAACGCGACUGGGACAAAGAUCUUGCUGACGAUGUCAAAGGGGAAUGUGAGGACAAAUACGGGAAAGUAGAGGCCAUUAAGGUUGAAAAGGAAACUCAGGGAGAAAUCUAUGUCAAAUUUGAUUCCAUCGAAACCGCCAAAAAGGCUAUCCAGGGUCUGAAUGGACGCUGGUUUGGCGGAAAACAAGUCACAGCUACGUUCAUUUCUGACGCCAUAAUGCAAGCCCACCAGUAG